ACAUUACCUGUCCCAACGGCCAAAUUAAACAUAACUGGACUGAGAUACAACUAUUGGCAGCACACAUCACAAGAAGCGAAGAGAUUAAUUCCUGGGCAGCAAAACUGUCAUUCUGGGACCUCCGGAAGCGGUGCAUGUUUUGUCAGAAAACGAGAGAUCACUUUUGCUCUUAAGGCUAGCUCAGCCAACCAACUGUACGGAUCUGUGUAUUUGCCAUCCAUUUCUAUCUCAAGUCUUUGUGGUCUGUUUCUCAGAACCUCACAUUGCUUCCCCUCGAGGCUCUGAUCGAUAAAGCAUAUCAUAUCCCUCUUCUCACUCUAAGGCUAUGGAUAAUAGGGUGAUAAAGCAUGCAUUGAAUGGUACUACUGCUUCCAACUUUGAUCCACUGCUAAAAGACAUUACCCAAAAUCUACUGGAGGAGGAGGAAAGCAUUACUCUUAAAGCUGCUCAGAAUUCAUAUUACGAAGCAUUGCAAGAUAAUCCUUCCUCACUGUUUUACAACCAUGCUGGAAGAAGCUACUGUGAUGAUAAUGUUGAUGGUAUUGUUGAUCCUGGAGAAUCAGAAUCAUCAUGUGUGGUAUCUAACACCAAUUUAGCAAUAUCCAAUAUGACAGAGGUUAUGGAUAAUAGGGUGAGAAAGCACGCCUUGAAUGGUAUUAUUGCUUCCAACUUUGAUCCAGUGCAAAAAGAUAUCACCCAAAUUCUACUCGAGGAGGAGGAGGAGGAGAGCAUUGAUGGGCCCUUUGGUCUCAUUGCUCUUAGAGCUGCGCAGAAUUCAUAUUACGAAGCAUUGCAUGAUAAUCCUUCCUCACUGUUUUACAGCCAUGCUGGAAGAAGCUACUGUGAUGAUAAUGUUGAUGGUAUUGUUGAUCCUGGAGAAUCAGAAUCAUCAUGUGUGGCAUCUAACACAAAUUUAGCAAUAUCCAAUACGACGGAGGUUGGAAGAUGGAACUGUUGAGUGAGACGAAGAGUGGUGAAAGGGAAAGUGGAAAUAUGGGUUGGGAGUAUGAAACGGGCACUAAUUUGAAUUCAUCCCAAUUUAUUCUUGUGGACAAUAUUGCUAGUUCAUGUUAUUUUUAUGAACACUUUUAGUAGUGAUUAUUAUUAUUAUUGUACAAUCCCUAAAAGUAGGGAUUAUUCUUGUGAAUUUCCAAUAUUACUAUUAUCAGUAUUAAUUUUGGAAAUAUUAUUAUAUCUAUUGAUGUCUGCUUACCAAUCUUCCAUCCAAUAUGUGGGCAUAGGUUAUGUAUAAUGGGGUGAGAAACAAUGCCCUGAACUGUACUGCUACUUCGGACGCUGAUCCCGUGCUGAAAUACAUUACCCAGAUUCUAUUGGAGGAGCAGGAGGAGAGCAUUGAUGAGCCCUUUGAUCUCAUUGCUCUUAAAGCUGCUGAGAAUUCUUAUUAUGAAGCAUUGCAUGAGAAUCCUUCCUCACUAUUUGAUAGCAGUGCUGGAAGAAGCUCCUGGCAUGAUAACGUUGAUGGUAUUGUUGAUCCCGGAGACUCGGAAUCACCAUGUGUGACAAGCGAACGUCCUCCCAAUCUCGCCAUCCAGUUAACAUCAUCAUCAGAUAAUUAUGACUUAAAUGGUUCUUCUUCAUACAACUUUGACAAUGCAAUGAUGUCUUUCCUAAGAGCUAGUUCGGCGGUUCGAAAUGUAUUUGGCGGGAAUGAUGAUACCGAGUCCAAAUUGGAACUCCAGAGAUGCAUGGAAGAAGCUAGUAGGUUCCUUCCCGGUCACAAUAAGUUGGUAAUGGAUGAUUUAGAGGCUACCAAAGAUGUCAUUGUCAUUGAUACAGAGAAAGACCAUUCACAUAGAGGAAAGAAGCAUUAUUACCUUCCACAAGAAAGUGGGCUAGAAGAAGAGAGGGAAAGCAAACAGUCUGCGGUAUAUGAGGAGGUUGAUUUAUCACAAAUGUUUGAUAAGGUUUUACUGUGUAGUGAUGAUAAAGGUUAUUCAUUUGGAGUUGGGGAGAAAGGGCGAAGAGGUCGUCGCCACUCAAAGAAAUGGGAAGAUAAUUGUGACAUUGUAGAUGUGCUGUCUCUUCUAACUAGUUGCGCACAAUCUGUUCAUGAUGGUGAUUAUAAGGGUGCACAAGCUCAAUUAAAGGAGAUCAGGCAACACUCUUCGCCGGUGGGCAAUUCCAAUCAAAGGUUGGCUCAUUUAAUUGCAAAUAGUCUCGAGGCGAGGUUGGCUGGAACUGGGACACAACUAUGUAAAGCAAUAUCUCCUAAAACCAUUGCAGCUUCUGAGUUUCCGAAAUCGUACUUGACAUCGUGGCCAAUCAUGAGAAUAUCAACUUUCUUUUCGAAUCAAAUGAUUUUUGAGGCAGCUUCAAGAGGCACAUCCCUGCACAUUAUAGAUUUUGGUAUUCUUUAUGGGAUCCAGUGGCCGACUCUUAUUCGGGAUCUUUCACAAAGGCCCGGCGGCCCUCCAAGACUUCGAAUAACAGGGAUUGAGCUCCCCCAAACUGGUUUCCGUCCUUCACAAAUGCUAGUGGAGACAGGUGUUCGCUUGUCAAGAUAUUGUGAGCGUUACGGUGUACCAUUCGAGUUCAAUGCCUUAACAUCACAACACUGGGAGGCAAUUAAGAUUGAUGACUUGAAGCUUGUGAGUGGUGGUGAGGUGAUUGCUAUUAACAGUAACUUUCGAUUUGAUUACCUAUUGGACGAGACUUUAGUUGCUGGGUACAACCCUAAAGAUGAAGUUUUAAACUUAAUUCGGGAAGUGAAUCCGGAUAUAUAUGUGCAAACAGUGCAUAGUGGAUCUCACAGCUCUCCUUUCUUUCUCCCUCGCUUUCGAGAAACUCUCUUCUUCUACUCUGCUAUCUUUGAUAUGUGUGACUCUACUUUACCCAACCGCCAUCAUCCUCAGAGAUUGAGUUUCGAACAAGAGUUUCUUGGACGUGAAACAAUGAAUAUCAUUGGAUGUGAGGGCAUUGAAAGAUUGCAUAGGCCUGAAACGUAUAAGCAAUGGGAAUCACGCAUGUUGAGGGCAGGGUUAAAGCCUUUGCCCUUAAACUCUCAACUUGUCAACAAGUUAUUGAGAAAGGCUCGAGCAUCAUAUCACAAAGACUUUCUCUUUAUUGAAGACGGCCUUUGGGUACUACAGGGGUGGAAAGGUCGGGUUCUUGGCGGUAGCUCUUGCUGGGUGGCUACAUGAUAGAGUCACAACCCCUCAUAGUACGGUAACUUAAGCAGCUUGAAAACUUGCCCACCUUACAUUUCGUACAUUUCCCACAUUUGAAAGCUUGCGGAGAACAUCAUAUUUCAGCUUCUGGACAUUUUAUGUAAUUUCAAGAAGAAUUCAAGGGUACUUCUGUGCCUCUGUUAAUUAGAGCAUUCUGAAUGCAACUCUUUCUAGUCUAAAUAAAUUAUGCCUUAUCAUUAAAGUAGACAUGGA